AUGCGCCUAACAGGUGUGAUUUUUAAGCAGCUAUCUGAAAUGGAAAACUCCACAGAGGACUACAGGAUCCAGUCAUUUGACGUGGACACUCAGAUUUUACUGAAAACAGCCUUGAAAGACCCAAGUUCAGUGAAUCUGGAGAAGGUAUCGAGUAUCAUUGUUGAUCAGUCUUUAAAGGAUCAGGUGUUCAGCAAAGAGGCUGGACGGAUCUGCUACACUAUUGUUCAGGCCGAGGCCAAGCAAAGCAACGGAAACAUAUUCAGGAGGAGCCUGUUGAACCGGCUGCAGCAGGAGUUUAAGGGCCGCGAGGAGACGAGGGGCCGCUCGCUGCAGGAGUGGGUUUGCUACGUCACAUUCAUCUGUAACAUCUUUGACUACCUCAAAGUGAACAACAUGCCGAUGGUGGCCCUUGUGCAUCCUGUGUAUGACUGUCUGAUGAGGCUUGCUCAGCCGGAUGCUCUGAUGAAUGAAGUGGAGGUGGACUGCCUGGUGCUGCAGCUGCAUCGAAUCGGAGACCAGCUGGAGAAAGUGAACAACCAGCGGAUGGACGAUCUGUUCUUCCAACUCCGGGAUGGCUUCCUUCUCCAGGAGGGCCUCACCUCUAUGGCCCGUCUGCUGCUGCUGGAGAUCCUGGAGUUCAGGGCUGGAGGCUGGAUGCUCAGCGGCACGGCACACAAGUAUUACUACAGCGAAAUAGCCGACUGA